CUUCCAUCCCUAAUUAAAUUACCCCUUUCUCCAUCGAAACCACUGUCCAUUGUUUUGAUCAAUGUUUUUGAUCUGAUAUGGCUGUUGAGCUCAUGAAUUCCAUCAGAAUCAAUAGUUUCAAUGGUAAAAUGGAAGAAAUCGCCGUCCGUGAAGCCGGCGCCGCUGGGCUUAAGAGCCUUGAGAAUCUAAUCGGAUUACUUUCAUCCCAAUCCCACCAUGAACCGUCGUACUCCGCCGGCACUAGCGAUGCUUCUUCCACCACCGAUUACGUAGCUGUCGCCGAUGUCGCUGUCACUAAGUUUAAGAAAUUCAUCUCUCUUCUCGAUCGGACUUCCACCGGUCACGCUCGAUUCCGACGUGGACCUGUUUCAAAUGCACCUGUUGUAUUAGAGAAAAAGUCGGCAUUCACUCCGACGGCGGGAAAUAGCAGCCAGCAAUACAAUCAGACGGUUGUAGCGGCGGCGGAGAAGGUAAAUUCCUCUGCGGCACCGAUUCAGCAGCGGUUUCCCCAAAUCCAUCUGGCGAAAUCGGGAUCCUUUGAUAGGAAGGAUGUUCCUACCAACACCAUCAAUUUCGCCGCCGCUGCAGCCUCCCCGGCGAAUUCGUUUAUGUCAUCGUUGACCGGAGACACCGAUGGGUUACAACCGUCGAUGUCUUCUGGAUUUCAGAUCACGAACCUUUCACAGGUUUCUUCCGCGGGCCAGCCGAAUAUGUCGACUUCUUCUUUCAAAAGGAAAUGCAACUCAGUGGAUGAUUCUCACACAAAAUGCACCAAUUCUUCCGGUCGCUGCCAUUGUUCCAAAAAGAGGAAAUCAAGGAUGAAGAGGGUCGUGAGAGUGCCGGCGAUAAGCAUGAAGAUGGCUGAUAUACCGCCGGACGAUUAUUCUUGGAGGAAGUACGGCCAAAAGCCGAUUAAAGGGUCGCCACAUCCAAGGGGUUAUUAUAAAUGUAGCAGUUUAAGAGGUUGUCCUGCAAGAAAACACGUGGAAAGAGCUUUAGAUGAUCCAACGAUGCUAAUUGUGACUUAUGAAAGCGAACACAAUCAUUCCCUUAAUGUGAAAGACUCAUCUGCAACUAUAAUUUUUGAAUCUUCUUGAUUUGGAUUUUUCAAAAAAAAAACGUACAAAUUAAAAUUUCGAACCCUUUAAGGGAUGUAAUGUAAGUGUGUUAAUGGUGCUCAAUUGUCAACAAGGAAGCUUGCAUUUCACUAUCUUUGAG